UACAAUAUUUAAAAUAUAUACAUUGAUUGUUAAUUAUUAACAAUAUAAAUAUCGUCUAAUUUCUAAGCACGUGCUUGAUCUAAAAUGUAUUUACAUAAUUUUUCUAUUUUUAAUUAAAUGCAUUUAACCUUAUCGUGUGAGAAUCCAGUCAGCAGUUUAAAUCCAUUUCAAAAUUGAAAUGUUUCCCGCCAUCUCGUAAUGGCGGCUGACGAGAAGUAAAAUAGUAAGGUUGAAGAAAGUAGCGUGGGCAGUAGUUAACAAAACCGAUCGGUGUAGUUUUUAAUCGUAAGUGUCGAAUUUUUCGUUAUCUAAUAAUUUUGUCUUCAUAUUCUUCCUUUUCUUCUUUUUUUUAUCCUCCAUAUUAACGAAGUCACAUGAAUUGAGAGGGAGAGAGAAAAAAAUAUAGUUGGAGAUAGACAAAACUUUUUUCGUCAUAGUUACCUGUUUACCUUUUUCUCCCACAAGACGAAAGAACGAAGAAUAGUAAAAGAUAAAAGAAAGAAGAAGAAGAAAAAGAAGGAUGACGAGAAGAAGGGAAGGCGUCGACUUUGCGUCGUAAAUAAAGAAGGUGCGCGGUAAAGCAACAUACACAAAGAGAGAGAGAGAGAGAGAGAGAGAGAGAGAAAGAGAUAGAAAGUAUGCGUGAGUGAGAGAGUAAGAAAGAAGAAACACGCGCGUGUGCAAGAAGGAAAGUCGACGAGGUUGUCGCUAGUGUGCAAGAGGGUGAUUGGUCAGUGAUCGGCUAUUAUGGCCGGCGAUUGGCGCGUGCGGACAUAGCGCAAAGUAGGAGCGCGUAAGAAUAAGUAAGUAAGGUCGAGGCGAGUGUGCGCGGCAGUCACUCGCGGACUAGAAGAGUGUAAAGAGCGAGGAGAGGAGAAGAGAAGAGACGUUCGUUCGUUCGCUCGCUCGCUCGCUCCUAAGUUCGUUCGUUUGUUCACAUUUUUUCGUUGCUUGAUCUCUGAUCGGUGCCGCGUUGCCUUGUAAGGCGGAGAGUUGGUGUGGUACGCGCGUGGACAUAAAAUAGUGUGUGUAUAUGUGUAAAUCGUGUGCGUGUGUAAGAAGUGUAAAGUCGCGUCCAAACGCUUACCGGAUGUUCUAAAGACGACAACAACGACGACAACGACGAAGACGAAGAAAACGAAGACGACUACGUUGAAAAGAGAAAGGAAGAAGACGGAGACGAAGAAGACAACGGUGACUAUUUUGCGAGGAUACGAAAGCACGAGGACGAUAAAAAGGAAAAGGAAGAAAAGAAUACGGAGGACGAUUGCUGCCGCCGUCGCCGAGGAGGGCGCGCACGGUUUUAUCCUCUCGUGGCGCAGCAUUAGUGCUCCGAUAGUAAUAGUGUAGUACUAAUAAUACUAGUAGUAGUAGUAGUAGUCAAAAUAAUAAUAACAAUAGUGAUAGAGGUAGUGGGAGGAUAUAAAAACAGGAAAAUAAAAUAAAAGUGCAUAGUGUGUUGAAGAAGUGGCAUGCAUGUUGCCUCCUAGACUGCUGCUUUGAAGGUUUGAGAGAAACACAACUACGCUGCUUAUUACAGGGAAGAAGACGGUGUGUGUUAAGUGACGGAGGUGCAAGAAAGAAAGAAAGAAAGAAAGAAAGAAAGAUAGAUAGAUUUACUCGUUUGAAAAAUUAAUAGAAGUAGCAGAUAAUAAUACGAAAAACAGAUACGAGGAAACGAGUAAAAAUUGUCAAACGUUAGUACGCAGAGGAGACAAAGGCCACGGUAGCGGCGGUGGCGGCAACAGCAUCGACGACGACGACGACGACGACGACGACGACGGUGAUAGGAUUGUGGUGGUGGUAGCGGCGGCGGCAGCAGCAUAACCUCCAAGUACCGACGAACCUGAGCUUCGUGUCGCGCGCGCGUCACGAAAAUAUUCCCCCCUCUCCUCUUGAUCCUCCUUCUUCUCCUUCCCCUUCCUCCUUCUUUCCGUUCGUUGCGUUUUUCGACGACGGCGAGUAACGUUGUUCGUCCGUAAGGUAAUACCGUGAAUAAUAACGUUUACAUCUCUCAAAGGUAUACGAAGUAUAUAUAUAUAUACAUAUAUAUAUAUAUAAAUAUAUACACAUAUAAACAUAUAUAAAAAGAAAACAAAUAAUAACUUUUUGCCUAUAUUGUAUCCCGAACACUUUUGGGCUUCCAUAACGGCAAACGCGUGCGAGUGAGAAAGAGUUCAAGAAAACACGUGUUCCGAACGCAGCUCGUUUUUAUUCUUCGAUUGAAAAUUAAAAAGAAUUUGAAGAAUAAGUACUCGCGUGUAUACAAAUCCGCGUCCCGGUUAUAAUAUUAUCAUCAGUGCUUGGCGAAACAGUUAAUGGAUGAAACUGGCAGGAUGUUGCAACACGGAGGAUCGGGUGUUGGUUUGAUGGGAGCUAACCAAGCUCAAGGGGCCCAAAAUACCACAGGCUACGGCACCAUGGGACCCGUCGAUGGAUCCGCCGCUCAGGGUCCCGACCAAGCCGUCGAGGCUAGAAAACAGGAUAUCGGCGAGAUCUUACAACAGAUCAUGAACAUCACCGACCAAAGUCUCGACGAGGCUCAAGCAAGGAAACACACACUUAAUUGCCACAGAAUGAAACCUGCCCUGUUCUCGGUACUCUGCGAGAUCAAAGAAAAAACAGUACUAUCGUUGAGAAAUACGCAAGAAGAGGAACCACCAGAUCCACAAUUAAUGAGGCUGGAUAAUAUGUUGAUUGCCGAGGGUGUGGCAGGACCAGAAAAAGGGGGUGGUGCGGGGGCUGCUGCAUCGGCAUCGGCAGCUGCUGCUGCUGGACCACCUGGACAACCUGAUAACGCGAUCGAACAUUCGGAUUACCGAGCGAAACUUGCUCAGAUCAGGCAAAUCUAUCAUCAGGAACUUGAGAAAUACGAACAGGCAUGCAACGAGUUUACGACUCACGUGAUGAAUUUGUUGAGGGAACAGAGUCGUACCAGGCCAAUAACGCCAAAGGAAAUUGAAAGAAUGGUUCAGAUUAUUCACAAGAAAUUUUCAAGUAUUCAAAUGCAAUUGAAACAAUCUACUUGCGAAGCAGUUAUGAUUUUAAGGAGUCGUUUCCUCGAUGCAAGGCGUAAGAGACGGAACUUUAGUAAACAGGCUUCUGAAAUCUUAAACGAGUAUUUCUAUUCGCACCUGAGUAAUCCAUAUCCGAGCGAGGAGGCCAAAGAGGAACUCGCACGGAAAUGUGGAAUCACCGUGAGUCAGGUUUCCAAUUGGUUCGGCAACAAGAGGAUACGCUACAAGAAAAACAUAGGUAAAGCGCAGGAGGAGGCGAACUUGUACGCAGCCAAAAAGGCAGCUGCAGCUUUUGCAGGAGCGUCGCCGUACAGUAUGGGUGGUGCCAGCCAGGGUACACCAACGCCAAUGAUGUCACCUGCACCACCUGGUGGACCUCAGGAUAUGGCGGGAUACGGUAUGGGAAUAAAUGGAAGUGAUUAUGGCUCGCAACCUUACAAUGACGGUUCCAUGGGUUACGACCCUAUGCACCAG